AUGCAGCCCUUCCUCAGCUGCUUCCAAGUGGAUGGAUCUUCCGAGAGCGUUGAUUUCAUUGGCGUUGUUGUCAAGUCUAGAACCAGAUAUCACACACAGAACAAGAUGAGGGUCCUUUUUAUGGUUUCUUCGAUGGUCACCAUCGCAACUGCUUUCACGAAUCCUUUGGGUUGGACUGGUGCUGCCAAGACCAGCACUACCACAACCCUGCAUGCAUCUGCCGACAGUGGGGAUAAGAAGAAGGUUGUUGUUUUGGGAGGAGAUGGAUUCUGUGGAUGGCCCACAUCCUUGCACCUUAGCGACCAAGGACAUGAGGUUAUCAUUGUAGACAAUCUUUCGCGAAGAAACAUUGACAACGAGUUGGGAUGCGACUCUUUGACUCCCAUUCAGAGCCCUGAGGUCCGCGUUCAAGCAUGGAAAGAAGUCUCCGGAAAGGAUAUUAAAUUUGUGAAUUUGGAUGUGGCGAAAGAUUAUGACCUCUUGGUCCAACUGUUGAAGGAAGAAAAACCCGAUUCUGUAGUCCACUUCGCGGAACAGCGUGCGGCUCCCUAUUCCAUGAAGACCUCCAAGGCUAAGCGAUACACCGUCGAUAACAAUGUCGGUGGGGCCAACAACCUUUGCUGUGCUGUCAUUGACAGUGAACUUGAUAUCCAUAUUGUUCAUUUGGGAACUAUGGGUGUCUAUGGAUAUGGAACUUCUGGGGGAGAAAUCCCUGAAGGAUACAUUGAUGUUAUUCUCCCAGGAGGAAGAGAGUCCACCAUCCUUCACCCUGCCUACCCUGGAUCUGUGUACCACGCCACUAAAUGCUUGGAUGCUCUUCUUUGGCAAUUUUACCAGAAGAAUGACCAACUUCGGAUCACUGACCUCCAUCAAGGAAUCGUCUGGGGAACCAAUACCCCUCAGACUGCCAAGGAUGAGAGAUUGGUCAACCGAUUUGAUUAUGAUGGAGACUAUGGAACCGUUCUCAACCGAUUCCUCAUGCAAGGUGCCAUGGGUGUCCCCUUGACUGUCUAUGGUACUGGGGGUCAAACUCGUGCCUUCAUUCACAUUACCGACACUGCAAGGUGCAUUGAAAUUGCCGUCAACAACCCUCCCGCCAAGGGCGACAGGGUAGAAAUUUUCAACCAAAUUGCAGAAACCCGUCGUGUCCGUGACGUUGCCAAAAUGGUCGCCGAAAUGACUGGUGUUGAGGCCAACUUCAUCCCCAAUCCUCGCCAGGAAGCUGCCGAGAAUGAGCUGGAUGUGUCCAACAAAAAAUUCUGCAACCUAGGACUUGAUCCCAUUUCCCUUGAUACUGGACUUUUCGAUGAAGUGACAGAAGUUGUGAAGAAAUACAAGAGCCGAUGCAAUCCACGAAAGAUCUUGCCGGCUUCUUUCUGGAACAAGAAGCGAGCAGAGGAAUGUGCCUCCAUUGAUCCUGAUUCCAUCAAGCUUGAAGCCAACGAUGCACCCGCUCCCGCGGUUGAGGUCACUCAUCAAUAA